UCUUCUGCCAUGGGGGAUACAACCCGACUGUUGGCGGGUAUCUUCAUAGCUUUACUCACUCUCCCUGCCAAAGGUGGGGUCCUCAAGAAGGUUAUUCGACACAAACGACAAAGUGGGGUAAAUGUGACCCCACCAGAGGAGAGCCAGCCAGUAGUGUUUAACCAUGUCUACAACAUCAAGUUGCCUAUGGGGUCCCAAUGUUCAGUGGAUUUGGAUUCAGCCAGUGGGGAGAAAGACCUGGCUUCACAGUCAGAACCCAGAGAAAGCCUCCAGGAGCACACAGUGGAUGGGGAAAACCAGAUCGUCUUCACACACCGCAUCAACAUCCCCCGCCGGGCCUGUGGCUGUGCUGCUGCCCCUGAUGUCAAGGAACUCCUGAGCAGACUGGAGGAGCUGGAGAACCUAGUCUCUUCCCUGAGGGAGCAGUGUACCACAGGAGUAAGUUGCUGUCUUCAGCCUGCUGAAGGCCGCCUGGAUACCACGCCUUACUGUAGUGGCCGUGGCAACUUCAGCACUGAAGGAUGUGGCUGUGUCUGUGAACCUGGCUGGAAAGGUCCCAACUGCUCUGAGCCCGAAUGUCCUGGCAAUUGUCACCUGCAAGGCCAGUGCAUUGACGGGCAGUGCAUCUGCCAUGAGGGCUUCACCGGCGAGGACUGCAGCCAGCUGGCCUGUCCCAAUGACUGCAAUGACCAGGGCAAGUGUGUGAAUGGCCUCUGCAUCUGUUUCGAAGGCUAUGCCGGGGCUGACUGCAGCCAGGAGGUCUGCCCAGUGCCCUGCAGCGAGGAGCAUGGCACAUGCGUGGAUGGACAGUGUGUGUGCAAGGAUGGCUUUGCGGGCGAAGACUGCAAUGAGCCCCUCUGCCUCAACAACUGCUACAACCGAGGGCGGUGCGUGGAGAACGAGUGUGUGUGCGAUGAUGGCUUCACGGGUGAGGACUGCAGCGAGCUCAUUUGCCCCAAUGACUGUUUCGACCGGGGCCGUUGUGUCAACGGCACCUGCUACUGUGAGCAGGGCUUUACUGGAGAGGACUGUGGCCUGCUCACCUGCCCCAAUGCCUGUCACAGCCAGGGCCGGUGUGAGGAGGGCCAGUGUGUGUGUGACGAGGGCUUCUCAGGGGCAGACUGCAGUGAGAAGAGGUGUCCUGCAGACUGUCACAACCACGGUCGCUGCAUCGCUGGGCAGUGUGAAUGUGACGAUGGCUUCACGGGACCCGACUGUGGUGAGCUCAAGUGUCCCAGUGGUUGUAACAAUCAUGGCCAUUGUGUCAAUGGUCAGUGUGUGUGUGAUGAGGGCCAUACUGGUGAGGACUGCGGUCAGCAGCGGUGUCCUAAUGACUGCCACAACCGGGGCCACUGCAUCCAGGGCAAGUGUGUGUGUGAGCAAGGCUUCCAGGGCUCCGACUGCAGUGAAAUGAGCUGUCCCAACAACUGUCACUGGCAUGGGCACUGUGUCCACGGCAUGUGUGUCUGCGACGAUGGCUACAUGGGCGAAGACUGCCGGGACCUGCGGUGCCCCAAGGACUGUAGCCACCGGGGUCGCUGUGUGGAUGGGCAGUGUGAGUGUGAGGACGGCUUCACUGGGCCCGACUGUGCCGAGCUCUCUUGUCCCAAUGACUGCCACCAGCAGGGCCGUUGUGUGAACGGGCAGUGUGUGUGCCACGAAGGCUUCACGGGCCGAGACUGCAAGGAGAGAAGGUGCCCCAGUGACUGCAAUGGCCAGGGCCGCUGCGAAGAUGGCCAGUGCAUCUGCCAUGAGGGCUUCACAGGUCUGGACUGUGGGCAUCGCUCCUGCCCCAAUGACUGCAGCAACUGGGGACAGUGUGUGCUGGGUCGCUGCAUCUGCAAUGAAGGCCACUCUGGGGAAGACUGCUCCGAAGUGUCCCCUCCCAAAGACCUCAUCGUGACAGAAGUGACAGAAGAAACAGUAAACCUGGCCUGGGCCAAUGAGAUGCGAGUCACAGAGUACCUCAUUACGUACACACCCACCCAUGUGGGUGGCCUGGAAAUGCAGUUUCGAGUCCCUGGGGACCAGACAUCCACCACCAUCCGGGAGCUGGAGCCUGGUGUGGAAUACUUUAUCCGCGUGUUCGCCAUCCUAGAGAACAAGAGGAGCAUUCCCGUCAGUGCCAGAGUGGCCACUUACUUGCCUGCGCCUGAAGGCCUCAAAUUUAAGUCCAUCAAGGAGACAUCCGUGGAGGUGGAGUGGGAGCCUCUGGACAUUGCUUUUGAAAACUGGGAAAUCAUCUUCCGGAAUAUAAAUAAAGAGGAUGAAGAAGAAAUUAAGAGUAGCCUGAAGAGGCCAGAGACCACAUACCGACAAAUUGGCCUAGCUCCUGGGCAAGAGUAUGAAAUAUCAUUACACAUUGUGAAAAACAACACCCGGGGCCCCAGUCUCAAGAAGGUGACCACCACCCGUUUGGAUGCCCCCAGCCAAAUCGAGGUGAAAGACUUCACAGACACCACUGCUCUGAUCACCUGGUUUAAGCCCCUGGCGGAGAUUGAUGGCAUUGAGCUCUCCUAUGGAAUCAAAGAUGUGCCUGGUGACCGCACCACCAUUGAUCUGGCACAUGAUGAGAACCAGUACUCCAUUGGAAACCUGAAGCCAGACACCGAGUAUGAAGUGUCCCUCAUUUCCCGCAGGGGUGACAUGUCUAGCAAGCCGGCCAAAGAGACCUUCACAACAGGUCUGGAUAUGCCCAGGAAUCUCAGACGUAUCGCCCAGACAGACAACAGCAUCACCCUGGAAUGGAGGAAUAGCAAGGCAGCCAUUGACAGCUACAGGAUUAAGUAUGCACCCCUCUCUGAAGGUGAACACGCUGAGAUUGAUGUUCCAAAGAGUCGACAAACCACAACCAAAGUAACACUCACAGGUCUGAAGCCAGGAACUGAAUAUGGGAUUGGAGUGUCUGCUGUGAAGGGGGACAAGGAGAGCAAUCCAGCCACCAUCAAUGUGGCCACAGAUAUAGAUGCACCCAAGGACCUUCAGGUAUCCAAACCUACGGAAACCAGCCUGAAUCUACUCUGGAAGAUGCCCCUGGCUGAGUUUGACCAUUACCGCCUCAACUACAGCCUUCCCACAGGCCAGCAAACAGAGGUGCAGCUUCCAAGAGACACCACCUCGCAUGUUCUGAGAGAUCUAGAGCCUGGGCAGGAAUAUACCAUCCUCCUCACAGCAGAAAAAGGCAGACGCAAGAGCAAGCCAGCACAAGUAAUGGGGUCGACAGAUCAAGCUCCUGAACUGGGAAACUUCAUGGUGACUGAGGCUGCCUCGGAUGGCCUCAAACUCAACUGGACUGCAGCUGACGAGACUUAUGAGCACUUUGCAAUUCAGGUGCAGGAGGCUAACAAGGUGGAGGCAACUCAGAACCUCACCUUGGCUGGCAGCCUCCGUGCUAUCGACAUCUCUGGCCUCAAGGCUGCCACCCCCUAUAGAAUCACUAUCUACGGGGUGAUUGGGGAUUAUAGAACACCAGUGCUUUCUGCUGAGGCCUCCACAGGUGACCCUCCCAAGAUGGGAGAGGUAACAGUGACCGAGGUGGACUGGGAUAGCUUCAAACUCAACUGGACAGCUCCAGAAGGGGUCUAUGAGCACUUUUACAUUCAGGUGCAGGAGAGAGGAGACACAGUAGAGGCAGCCCACAACCUCACAGUCCCGGGAGGACUGAGGUCCGUGGACCUUACUGAUCUCAAAGCAGAUACCAAUUAUAGCAUCAGCAUCCGUGGGGUCAUUCAGGACUUCAGCACAGCACCUCUCACUGUUGAAGUCUUGACAGAGAAAGGUCCAAGUCUGGGAAACAUCACAGGGAACAGCGUUAGUUGGGAUGUCCUCAGAAUGGACUGGAUCACACAUGGUAACUUUGACCAGAUUGUCAUUCAGGCCCAGGAGACUGGCCAGGAAGAAGAGGCUCAGAAUUUUACAGUUCCUGGCUACCAGAAUUUUGUGGAAAUCCCAGGUCUCAAGGCUGAAACUUCUUACACAGUUACCCUGCAAGGUGUAGUUGGGGGCCGUACCACGCCUCGCCUUGCUGUGAAAGUCUCCACAGAGAAGAUUCCGCUGGGAGAGUUGACCGUGACUGAGGUUGGCUGGGAUGGCCUGAAACUCAACUGGACUGUAACCGACCAGGCCUAUGAACACUUUGACAUUGAGGUGCAGGAGGUUAACAAGGUGGAAGUAGCUCAGAACCUCACGGUGCCCGGCAGCCUCAGGGCUGUGGACAUCCUGGGACUCAAGCCUGCCACCUCCUAUAGAGUCACCGUCUACGGGGUGGCUCAGGGCUAUAGAACACCAGCAUUCUAUGUUGAGGCAUCCACAGCCAAGGAACCUGAAAUUGAAAAUUUAAAUGUUUUUGAUGUAACUGCUGAGAGCUUCAAUCUCUCCUGGACAGCUCCUGAUGGGGCCUUCGAGAUCUUUACCAUUGAAAUUAUUGAUUCCAAUAGGUUGCUGGAGAAGAUAGAAUAUAAUAUCUCUGGUGCUGAACGAACCUCCAACAUCUUAGGGCUUCCCCCUAGUACUGAUUUUAUUGUCUAUGUCUCUGGACUUGCUCCCAAUAUCCGGACCCAAACCAUCAGUACCACAGCCACCACAGAGGCCCUGCCCCUUCUGGAAAACCUAACCAUUUCCGACAUUAAUCCCUACGGGUUCACAGUUUCCUGGAUGGCAUCGGAGAAUGCCUUUGACAGCUUCUUAGUAACGGUGGUGGAUUCUGGGAAGCUGCUGGACCCCCAGGAAUUUACACUUUCAGGAACCCAGAGGAAACUGGAGCUUAGAGGCCUCAUAACGGGCAUUGGCUAUGAGGUUAUGGUCUCUGGCUUCACUCAAGGGCACCAAACUAAGCCCUUGAGGGCUGUGAUUAUUACAGAAGCCGAGCCAGAAGUUGACAACCUUCUGGUUUCAGAUGCCACUCCAGACGGUUUCCGUCUGUCUUGGACAGCUGAUGAAGAAGUCUUCGACAGUUUUGUUCUCAAAAUCAGAGAUACCAAAAAGCAAUCUGAACCACUGGAAAUAACUCUCCUUGCCCCUGAACGUACGAGGGACAUAACAGGCCUCAAAGGGGCCACUGAAUAUGAAAUUGAACUCUAUGGAAUAAGCAAUGGAAGGCGGUCCCAACCAGUCAGUGUCAUAGCAAGAACAGCCAUGGGCACCCCGAAGGAAAUCAUUUUCUCAGACAUCACUGAAGACUCAGCCACUGUCAGCUGGAUAGCACCCACUGCCCAGGUGGAGAGUUUCCAGGUUACCUACGUGCCCAUUAUUGGAGGCACACCCUCAGUGGUCACCGUGGAUGGAACCCAGACUCAGACCCAACUGGUGAAACUCAUUCCUGGAAUGGAGUACCUUGUGAGCAUCAUUGCCAUGAAGGGCUUUGAGGAAAGUGAACCCGUCUCUGGAUCACUCACUACAGCUCUGGAUGGUCCGUCUGGCCUGGUGACUGCCAACAUCACCGACUCAGAAGCUUUGGCCAUGUGGCAACCGGCUAUUGCCACUGUGGACAGUUACGUCAUCUCCUACACAGGGGAGAGAGUGCCAGAAAUUACACGCACAGUGUCUGGGAACACAGUGGAGUUUGCGCUGACUGACCUCCAGCCUGCCACGGAAUACACACUGAGGAUCUUUGCAGAGAAAGGGCCACAGAAGAGCUCAGCUGUCACUACCAAGUUCACUACAGAUCUGGAUUCUCCAGGAGAUUUGACUGCUAGUAAGAUUCAGUCUGAAACUGCCCUACUCACCUGGCAACGCCCACGGGCAUCUGUAACCGGUUACCUCCUGGUCUACGAAUCCAUUGACGGGACAGUCAAGGAAGUCAUCGUGGGUCCAGAUACCACCUCCUACAGCCUUGCAGAGCUGACCCCAUCCACCCACUACACAGCCAGGAUCCAGGCUUUGAAUGGGCCCUUGAGGAGCCAGCUGGUCCAGACCAUCUUUACUACAAUUGGACUCCUGUAUCCAUUCCCCAGGGAUUGCUCCCAAGCAAUGUUAAAUGGAGACACGGCUUCUGGCCUCUACACCAUUUAUCUGAACGGCAAUAAAACCCAGUCCCUGAAAGUCUACUGUGACAUGACCUCUGAUGGGGGUGGCUGGAUUGUGUUCCUGAGACGCAACAAUGGACGGGAGGAUUUCUAUCGAAACUGGAAGACCUAUGCUGCUGGAUUUGGAGACCUCAAAGAAGAAUUCUGGCUUGGGCUGGACAACCUGAACAAAAUCACGACCCAAGGGCAGUAUGAACUCCGGGUGGACCUGCAGGACCAUGGAGAGACAGCCUAUGCGGUCUAUGACAGGUUCAGUGUUGGAGACGCCAGGACACGCUACAAGCUGAAGGUGGAGGGGUACAGCGGGACAGCAGGUGACUCCAUGGCCUACCACAAUGGGAGAUCUUUCUCAACCUUUGACAAAGACACAGACUCAGCCAUCACCAACUGUGCCCUGUCCUAUAAGGGGGCUUUCUGGUACAAGAACUGUCACCGUGUCAACCUGAUGGGCAAAUAUGGAGACAACAACCACAGUCAGGGUGUUAACUGGUUCCACUGGAAAGGCCACGAAUACUCAAUCCAGUUCGCCGAGAUGAAGUUGAGACCCAGCAAUUUCCGAAACCUUGAAGGCAGGCGCAAGAGGGCAUAA